CGAAGUCCCACAGUCCGCAUCAGCAGGCGUCCCACGCACAAACGCGCCGCUCGACGCGAGACCCCAACGGGCCACAGACGACGAACCCGAAGCGAGAUGCCCCGGAGAACGGUGGUACCCUCCAUCAGGAACAAACUGCAGUUCGGUUAGUGCGCGUAGUGCCAGCAUGGAUUCGCUCCUGCAGUUCGACGGCUUAACCGAUCGCCUGUCGGACCCGUCGUACACGGACCCCAACAACAACACCAACGACGAGUACCGCGCGGUGCCCCUCAAGGAUAAGUACUCGCUGCGGCCGCGCUCGCUGCGCAGGGCGGCGGAGCAGGGCGGCGAGGACCCGAAGGCCGAGAGCAAGCACAAACCCCACAAGCAGAAGCAGAAGCCGGCGCCCCUCAGCAAGUACCGCCGCAAGACGGCCAACGCCAGGGAGCGGAACCGCAUGAGGGAGAUCAACCAGGCCUUCGAGACCCUGCGCCGGGUCAUCCCCCACAUGCAAGUCCCCCAAGUGCCGGGAACCAACGAGAAACUGACUAAGAUCACGACGUUGCGGCUCGCUAUGAAAUAUAUCUCGGCGUUAAGUGCAGCUUUGAACAAUCCGGAAGCCAGUACGUCCUCGACUCCGGAAACGUCGUCGGAUUACGGUGAUUUGGACUGUUUGCUGUUGGAGUCCGACGGCGAGUCGCUGCAGCUGUCGGAUCACUCGCUGCUGGCGUCGCCGGACUUCCCGGAGUCCUCGCUGAGUCCGGUGGACUUCGGGGAUCCGUGUCUUCCGGCGCUGCUGCACACGGAUUUCUCGGAUCACACGCUGGAGCCCGACUUCAACGAGUUCUUUUUCGCUGACGUAGCGAUCAAGCACGAGGCGUGAGCUUGAUAAUUUGUAAAUAAAACGAACUGAAACGUCUUGCCUCAUAGUACGUAAGUCUGUGUAUAUUAAAUGUAUUGUUACCUAUAGAGAUUAUUUUCUAUAUGAUUUAUUAUUGUAUGCCAUGUUUCGAAUGUUUUUAU